AAUAAAAAUUGUGACGUGAUUUAUUACAAGCUUAUAAUUAGCUUCAUUUUAUUAAUGUGACAGUUUUUAUUGUAAAAUAAAAUGUCAUUCUUUUAUUAGAAAAUCCAAAAGCGCCCCGCUCGCUUUAAUUAAUCUAUUCCAAUUCAAAUUCGUUCGUCAGCAGUUAGAUAAGUAAACAAGAUUUGAUCGAAAACAGAUUGAGAGAUGAUAACUGAAGGACGGAUCGGGAUUGUGUUUGGAUAAGGCAACUAUAUCGGUGUAAAAUCAUAUUGACAAAAUUUGUAUUCUCAAUCUAAGUGCUGCCUUGAUUAGAUAAUUAUACAUUAAAAAUUACAAAUUAAAUUGGGAUUAAGUACCUUUCUACUUUCAAUACUUCAUUAUAUUCAAUUGAAACUACUGAUUAAAAGUCAUAUUCUAGUACACCACAAACUGUCACAACACUAUAAAUGUCAUUCGUCGAAUCGUCGACGACCGCCGAUUGUUUGCUAAUUUUUUUGUAAAAAUAUUUUAGUUCAAUUUUUACAAUGGACGAUCGGUUGUUUAAUGUUAAUUCAUUUAUUUACACUUUUACUUUAACGUAAACAUGGUGCUUUGUAUUUAGAACGUUGUGUUAAUUUAUUUUUUAUCGAUGUUGAUCAAAAUGAUACCAGGGAUUCACUCACAACAAAGGAAUCCUCUCGUUUUUUUGGAUAUCUCAAUAGAUGGGGAAUACGCCGGGCGUAUUGUAAUAGAGCUGAGGAGCGAUGUGGUGCCAAAGACAGCGGAGAACUUCCGAGCUUUAUGUACGGGAGAAAAAACCAUUACCACCAAUGGAAAACCUUUACAUUUUAAGGGCUCAAAAUUUCAUAAAGCGAUAGCACAAUUCAUGGUGCAAGGGGGAGACAUAGUGAACGGCGAUGGUACAGGCGGCGAAAGUAUUUACGGGCCCACAUUCGAAGAUGAGAACUUCAUCUUGAAGCAUGAAGAAGGCGUGCUAAGCAUGGCGAAUAGAGGCCGGCCGCACACCAAUGGCUCACAGUUCUGCAUCACGACUGUCGAGUGUCCGCAACUGGACGGCACCAAUGUUGUCUUUGGGCGGGUGCUGGCCGGGCUAGGACUGGUGCAUGAGAUCCAGGCGUGUAGCGAGGACACCAGGCCCACUGUGGAGUGCAUGAUAGUGGACUGCGGCGAGAUCGAGGGCGAAUGGGACACGCGCUGCUGCGACGGCACGCCCGACCACCUGCCUGAUUACCCCGCUGAUAUGCCGCGCCUGCAUCUCUUGCCGAUAGAGCAGCUAAUGUCCAGUAUUAAAGACGUAAAGUGCAGCGGGAACCUAUUAUUCAGCUCGGCGCGGUACAAAGCCGCCGCGCGAAAGUACCGCAAAUGUCUGCGGUACGCGGAACACGCGUGCGAUAUCUUGCAACGGGAGUGCGCGGAACAACAGUACACUUUCGGCGAGGUGUUAGCGACGUACGCGCAGCAGUGCCACCUCAACCUGGCCGCCUGCUACAUGAAGCUGGAAGACUACGCCGCCUGCAUCAAGAGCUGCUCCGAGGUACUAGAAACUGACGGUCGGAACGAGAAAGCGCUUUACCGGCGAGGCCAAGCGAACUUCGCCCUUAAGAACUACGACGCAGCGCUCUCGGACCUCAAGCAAGCCGACAAGGCGUCCCCCAACAACAAGGCGAUCCAGAAACUUCUAGAAGAGGUAAGAACCUCCAACAAGAUCUACAACGACAUUCAAAAACAACGGCUGUCAAAAUUUUUUCGUGACCAAAAAGAGAAGAGCCUCGCAAUCGGGCAUAACUGAGCUAAGACUGAAGGUAGUUAUAUAUAAUUUUGGUAUUUGAAAGACUGUGUCCUUACUGAUCCGUGGACUCGUCGACCGACUAGUCGUUCGUUAUUAAUUUUCUUGUUCUGUUCUGUGGAGAUAAUUUAUAAUUUAAAUCAAUUAGUUGGUCAAGGAGUCGUCGGAGCGUGCAUGGUUGUAGCGGCCUCAAGACAUGGGUGCUUUUUUAAAAGUAUUAGCUUUUUAACAAAAAUAAGAGGUGUGUUGUUUUGGUCGACCAAGUUUGUAGACUGUAGUUGAACUUUGACAUGACUGUAAGGGGGUGGCUACACGGAUUUGAUAGUUAUUUGACCAAUAAAAGUUGUUAUUUUGCCUUAUUACUGUUUACUUUCUAUUACAUCCUUUUUUUUUCUCAUCUUAGUCCUAUUUCAUUCCUGGAUGUUCCAAUUUUCAUCAAAAUGAAAUUAUACUUGUAUUCAAAUCCACGUAAACGUAAACAAAUGCGUAAUUAUGCCUUUGUGAAGCUAAAUUCACUACGAUGGUAAUUUUAUUGGUCAAAUUUAUCAAACCGAUUUUGAGACAGACCUCAUGUAGCUACCCUCCCCAUCAUUUACUCCAGUUUGGCCAAAAUGUUCUAAUGUUGUAUUUAAGUACUGUUGUGUUUAUAACUGCUGAUCUAGAAUAUCUAAACUCGAAAUUAUCCUGAAUGUUUGGUUUACUUUAUUUUUAAAUAACUGUAACAAAUUCUCUUUAUAAUUUUAGAGUAUCCUCUUUUAGACAAUGCCCCUUGCCAAACCAAACUCAUCGGCACAGGUCAAUUAAUUUGAACCUCGAAUUAUGAUAUCGCACACUCACUGCGGGCGCCCGUCGCACAGUCGCGACAGCAAUAUAUUUACGCGAGAGCGAUAAGGAUGGGUAGCUUGGGGUCAUUGGACAAAAUUCUACGUGCUCACGGACCAGACUAUAGAUGGAUUGAAAUACCUGACAUAAGCUUCCACGCCUUUUAUUUGUUAUAAUAUUGUAGCUAAAUUUUGGUUCGGCCGAAUCGUGUGUGCGAAAAAAGUAAUUAGUUUAUGUGAAAAAAGAAAUACACUGCCAUUGUUACUAAAUUAAUUAAUUAGAGAAAAUGAUUAGGCUUUAAUAAAAAUUGUGAUUCUUUUUAUUUGGUUAUGCAAGACCAAUUUUUAGUAAAUUUUUUGAUACGUAAUUAUAUCAUUCGCGUGUCUUUUGAUUGUGUUGCAUUAGGGAACGUGUCGACUACGGUACUAUGGAUAAGAAAUUGGGGCUUGCUAGCUAGGCAGAGACUAGUGCUCGGCUCAUAGAUUAGUUAACGAUCGUUUGAACUCGUACACGUGCCAGCAAAAAUGAGCCCAAUUAUCUAAACUUUUGAAGCCAACAGUGUAAAUUUUUCUGCGUUACUUCUUUAAGCUAUUGGGGACCAGUAAAUCAUAACAACUUCGUGCGCGAAAUUAGAAAAAAAGUUCUUCUCCAAUAAUUUAAGAAUAAGGUAGGAGCCUAGUUUAAAAGUCGUCGGAUCUGAUAGUCAUAUGGCAAAAAGACUACCGUAUCUGGUACCGUAAUAUGGAAUGGUCGAUUUAUACAUGAUUUAGUUAUAGAAAUGCUAGAAAUCAGACAAGAAUUUGAAAAGUAUCUCAUUAAUGUAAAUAUUUUAAAAGAACGCACAAACCGUAUCAUUUUACAAGGAUCAAUAAUAGAUUUUCAGGGUCACAGAUGUGAUCUAAGAUGAGCCUGUCAUUUUUAUUUAACACUUGAUAUAAAAUCUGUUAAAUUGUAUUUAACGUAUAUUAUCAAUAACAUCCGAAUAAGAUCUGUAUCUCAACCCAAACCUACUCUUGAGAUCGUCAGGAAAAAGUAAAUCAUGUUUUGUAAUUUUAUUAUUACACAAAACGUUACUUUUCUCGUAAAUUAGAGUUCAAUCUCUGCAAACAUCAGUUAAAUCGAUCGAUGGUGUUCAUUUCGUGGGUUUGUGUAAUAAUAUUGAACCAUAAGUUUACUACGUUUGCCCUAGGUCAAGUACGGCAUAGCUUUAAAGUUAUUAUUUAAUAUGAACAAUAUUUUAAGUAAUAUUUUCUUAUUUUUUUACCUUUUUAAGUUCUUGUUAUGUGCAAACGCCAUUGGUGCAAUGAAUUGUGUUAAGUUUAAGUACCUAACUAAGCAAUGACAAUAUUUGACGAAGAAAAUAUCACCGUAGAAGUUGUGAGUCACACGAACAAUACAAUUGGUUUAUUUCGAGUAGGUACUAUGACAAUUAGUACAAACGGAUGAUAAAAUAUUCUCGUAGGUAGUUGAAAUAGUGUGUGCUCCCAAAACAUUGUCACAACGUCAGCCAUAAAAUGUAAAUCCUUGAAUGUACAGUCCCUAAUCCCUAUAUGAACUUGAACGUGCUAACCGACCCCGGUUUUGAAUCAGUACAUCAUAAACUUUAUCUAAUUUUGACAACUAGCUCAGAAACUGGUUUUGCAUUAAAUAUUGAUGAAUAUGAAUCGCUCUGAAAUACCAAAUAACUAUGCCGUGUGCAAUGCGGUUCUUAUGAAUGUUAUACUAUAAGAGAUAAAUGUCGUGACUGUGUUCAUUAUUAUUAGAGAAUAUUUAAGUACAGUUUUCGUUAAUGUUAACGAAUCGACCCCUGACAGCAAUUGUAGAAUAAUCACCACAGACAAGAUUUCAUUUGUUUCGGUAAUUUCCAAAGAACUCGAAUCAGACUUUUGAAGAGUACGGCGAUUCUCCUCUGAUCGCCAACGUAGCAAUGUGAACAUAAGUAGAAAAACUUGCUAAUAACGCCCAUUAAGUGCAUGUUGACAAGGUUUUUGUAAAUAUUACCAAAUUGUUGUCUUGGCCCCAAGAAACAAAUUACGAAAAUUGUUUAAAAAUAUUAAUGGAUGUUCGCCAUAUUUGUAAAUAAUGUAAUAUAAUAUAGUUAUAAUGUGUAACAAAUCAAUGAAUCAAAUCCGUAUUUUUACAAUGUCUCCACUAUACUGAAAAUUAGAGAAAAUCAAUUAAUAUCCUGACAUAAAAUGACGUAAAUUAAAAAAUCGCUGAAUAAACUGUAUGUAUGGAAUGGGUAUUUGUAUGUGGAUUGUAAGAUUUGUAAGUUAUUGUAUGAUAUUAUAGUCGUAAUUUAUUGUAAGGAUAUGGUAUGACUUGCGACGGGAUUCACUCCGUUGCCGUAUUUUUGAGUCUGUCUCUGUCGCUCAUUUCGUUGUCGUUGCGAAUGAAAUGAUGACAAGAUUCGAAAAGCGGUCGAUUUUAUUAUGAGCACAUAUUCUGAAAAAAUUCAAUACAAGAACUAAAAAAUCCGGCCAAAAUCACGUCGUUUGUUCUAACCAAUGUAGAUAUUAAUUUGUACUUACGCGGUACAUCCAGACACCGAGUACAUAAUAGGCUCGUAGGUGUGCGCUCACACUAAAAUAAGCUGAUGACUCGCCAAAAUAUCUUGUCUAUUCAGGAACACACUCCAUAAACUGGUUUGUUUAUUCAAAUUCAACAAAUAAUAUUUUAUAUAGAAUAGACUUCUUUCCCAAUUCUACUUUUCAUACCUCUUUUUCGAAUUCUCCCAACCUAGCACUGUGCACAUGUAGCAUGUAGCCAACCCAUUUUGAAGAAGCCUAGACACUGCAUAACAUACUGAGUUGGCGCAACUGUACGUCGCAAUGCAUAGUGUUAUCCAUUUGUAAGCAUUCAUAGGCUAGACGUUUUUUUUCUUUAUUUAUUUGUGGCUUUCAUCCACACUGAUAUGUCAGCCCCAUUGUAUCUUCACAACCCAAUGAUCCCAAGCUACCCAUCCUUAUCGCUCGCGCGUAAUUAUGUUGCUGUCGCGCUCGCACACACACUCACUGCGGGAGCCCGUCGCAGAGUCGCGACAGCAAUAUAAUUACGCGCGAGCGAUAAGGAUGGGUAGCUUGGGGUCAUUGGACAAAAUUCUACGUGCUCACAGACCGGGCUUUAGACAUACUGUGGUGUGCUAUCCUCGAGCCCAAAAGCCAUUUCUCACAUUAUGUACUCGGUGGUGAGAGCUGUUGUCACACGGCAUACGUACGACUGAUUAGCGUAGUUUUUAUACGAUGUGAUGAUAAUACAAUACGGUAUGGUAAUAUACGUCAAUUUUA